UCGUUGUAUAUAGCAGUUACUCAUUCACCCGAGCCACAGUUCGCUCUAUUGUACGUUUAAUAGUGUACAUUAAUCGCCGUACAACUAGUUACCUUACUGUACCACCAACAACAAGAAAAUUAUAAAGUAAUUCGGGUAUUCUUUCCAGACGCCAUACACCAAGUACUGAGUAAUUUGAACAAGUGUACAGUGUUGGCUAGUGGAGAGCACAGAGUUGUCAUGAGGAAUUUGUACCGAGUGUUGGCGUUUGUUGCAGCGUCCAUGGGGAGCCAGAUAACAGAACCACCUCACUACUACCAGACUAAGACAGCCGGAUGUAACAGAGAACAGCCAGAAUUUUGGUCGUGCCACAACCAGUUUGUCAACACACCUCAGUAUUCCAGUUGUUUCUUCAGAACUAUUGCAGAGGAAAAGGAAGACAAAGAUCCGAGGGAGAUAGAUAGAGAGCGACAAGCAGAAUGCACGUUACCUCCCCAGGCAAAGCUUUACCCAGCUCAAGACCGGCCAUUCCACCUUGCUCUGUAUUACAUCAGCGAAGACAAUCUAUUUCGUCCUGGUCUUGCUAUCUACUUUCCCAAUAAGACGACAGAAAAUACAACAUUCCGCUUUCAAGAUACAUAUAAUUCUCGUGAACAAGAUUUAUGCUUUCAAAUGAUUCUUACUAAUGUGACUUUACCUCUGCAAGACACCUUGACUUAUGACUGCCCGUUCUUUGAUCAUAUCCUCGACCGCACAUUACAACUGACCGUACAGGAUAGCGGUGGAAGAGGCGGUUUAUACUCGUUUGUUGUGCCUAAUGCUUCAAGAAUUGAUCCUUACCAGACGAGACAAGAAGACUGGCAUCUGUUCCACUAUGUCCAUCUGUCACACAUUCAGAGGCAUUUAGGUGUACCAGUGACCCUCCAGACGGCACCGUUUGCUAACCUAUCCUAUGGUGUUUCCCUUUGGCGCUGUCAGGAAGAUGAUUGUGCUAACCUAGAACUCGUGAAUACAUUAAGAAUUGAAGGACCUAAACGUAUCUACCUGCGAGAGGAUGAAGCACCUCAGGUAACUCGUGUCUUCCCUCGACCUUCUCCCGGCAAAUACCUCAUCACAUGUCGAAUCCUGGACCCAGACUCUCCUGCAGAAGGAUUCUACAAUGCAACCUCUCCCGAAUUUGUGGUGCCCCCCGAUAUUUUCCUGACGAUGGUGAUAGUCAUUACUAUGGGAGUGCUGGUGGUGGUGGUGACUCUCUCUCUGGCCUGCCGGUACCUACAGAAAGUGCAGAAAGAUAUUUACCUUCAGCUGAAAGAAGAUAAGCAGAUGCGUCCCAGAGUGUUGCUGAUAUACCUUGCAGAGUCCUGGAGUCACUUUGAGGUCGUGGUGAAAUUGGCGAUUUUCCUGAGAGAUACCUGUUUCGUUAACCCUUUCAUGGUCGACACUCACAGCAUCAGAAAGCACCCUAAUAACUGGACAAGCGAACACUUCCAAUUAGCUGACCGAGUCGUGUUCCUGGUGCCAGAGAACUUGUCCUCUCAGAGUGUCACGCCCAACAAGCGGCACUGGGAAUAUGCUCUUUGGUACAUGAAUGGCCCUACCUUCAACCAGAACCUCCACAAGUUUGGCACUGUGCUCAUGCCCUUCAGUGCCCCCGUCCCCCAUCAGAUCGCUCACGUGCAUCGCUUUAAACUCCUACAAGACCUGACCAGCUUUGUGAUCUGGCUCCACAACGGCAAACUGCUGGACCGCUGGCUGUUCUGGAGGUCACACAUCAAAUCAACAAGUAGUGAAGGUGACACUCUCUCUUUCCCUGACCUGAUGCGCCUCCUACAGAAAGAACCGGUGGGUCACAGAGACGAGAAGUUCAAGUUUGAGUGGACGACCUGUCAAGAAAUCCUGAAGGGGGAGGACAUUAAGAUAGAACAACCUCAACCUGAAGAAGUAGCAGAAGAAACAAAAGAAGCAGAAGAUAUGACAAAGUGUAGAAAUUCCAGUGAUAAUGACAUAUCCGAAGUGUUUGAUAGGGCCAUAGCCGACGUGAGUGUCCUUGUUAGUGAGCAGCCUGACGAAGGAGCCGAAGGAUACGAGUCCUCAGACUAUGAAGGAUCUAUCUUAAACGAUGAUAUUUUACUCUAAUGAUAACAAGAGUAACUGGUGAUUUAAGGUCAGAGGUCAGAGGUCAGAGGUCAGCCAAUGAGUUACCUUCCCUAUAAUGAAUCCAUAGGUGCUCUUGACUUCCCGAUCGUCCUACAAAGGUCCCCUCAGACGGCAAGUUUUUGCCAACAUGGGGGGUCGACAUAAACGUCCCAGAGGAGGUUCUCUCAUGGACGCAGACAUCUCUGAUACGGAUGCCAUCGCCAACUUGCCUGGUCAUACUGAAUUCAACACCCUUCAAGAGUCAGA